ACCAUUUUCCAAGAGAUCUGUUCCGAACAAGUCUUUGCAUAACCUCACUGCCUGCCUGCAUAGUAUAAAAGCAGUAAAAAGUAUUUUCACCACUUCUCAUUUAAAAGUAAUAAAUAUUUCUUCUUUUUCACAAAGUGUCAGUGUUAUAUUUAAUGAAUACGUUCGAUAUUCUCUUUAUAAACUGAGUGGCACAACGGAUUUAUUACAGCUUUUCACAUAUUCUCAAGGAGUUGAAGAGAAUUUUUCUAUUUACAAGAAGUGUUAAUUUUACCGGUCAUUAUGAAUUGCAAUAGAUUUUGCAUCUGCCGUUUGUUUACAAGGAGGAUUUGAUCUCGCUGAAGUAAACACUGCCUUUCGUAACAUUAUUUGUUGCAAGUUUUCUUUUUUUUUGAAGAGAGAAUUGCGGAGCACAUUUUGUCGCCGGAAAACGGAGUUCUCCGUUUUGAAGAAGCAAAUUAGUGUGAUGUUGACGUUUCGAGAAUUGAGUUUUUUUUCACCUGGACAAGGCAGAUAAAAAAAAUGAAGGCUACACUGACUUAUCCAUAACAGUGGACGAUAAUAUACAUACUCAUUGAAGUAUAUAAAAGAACAUGUAUAACCAUAAUCGCUUUCAGUCGUAAGCGUGACUUGUUAGAAGCAAACCACAAGCAAAGUGAUAGUUUCGUUAAUAUUUCGAAUUUCCCCCCCCCCUUAUUUAUUAAUUGAUCUGAGUAAAAUAAUUAUUUACAUUUUCUAAUAUCAAGUGUAAAAAUUGUAUCCUCCCGAAAUAUUCGUGCCAGUGACUCAGAUCGAAUCAUUGACCUUCUACAAAACUCGAUUUCUUCUUGUUGCAUUCCCAAGACGUUCGGCGACAACUUUUUACAUCUCUCUCGGCUUGUUCUCAAAAUUAUUCAGAAAUGUCGAUGGGAAAACCAAAUCGUUGGAGAACGCGAAGGGAUGGCAAUUGGAUCAGUAAAUUUGUGAAGAAGAGAAUACCAAUUACAUCUUGGUUGCCAAAGUAUGAUUCGGAAAAAUUGUUCAAUGAUGCGAUUGCCGGUGUUACUGUUGGACUCACUGUAAUGCCUCAGGGACUUGCUUAUGCAACUCUUGCUGGUUUAGAACCACAGUAUGGUCUCUAUUCGGCAUUUAUAGGCGCCAUAGUCUACGUAUUCUUUGGAUCCUGCAAAGAUAUAACAAUUGGUCCUACAGCUUUAAUGUCAUUGAUGACUCAUGAAUAUGUUCAAGGUCGCAGUGUCGAUUUUGCGAUCCUUCUCGCAUUUCUGACAGGUUGCAUGCAAUUACUUAUGGGAUUCUUACGAUUAGGAGUUCUGGUGGAUUUUAUCUCGGUUCCAGUCACUGUCGGAUUCACGUCAGCAACUUCGGUUAUAAUUGUAGUUUCACAAUUAAAAGGUCUUUUGGGUUUGAAGAUUUCCUCCUCGGGCUUUAUGGACACUUUGAAAGCGGUUUUUCAAAAUAUCGGCAAUACGAGUGUUUGGGACACGCUCAUGAGUUUCUCGUGCAUCAUUAUUCUCCUACUAUUUAGAAAAAUGAAGGAUAUAAGUCUCUGUGCAGGAAGUGAGAAACCAACGAAACGUCAACAUGUGAUGAUGAAAAUAAUAUGGUUGAUAUCAACUGCGAGAAAUGCAAUUGUCGUUGUUAUUUGUUCAGUAAUUGCUUUUAAAAUGGAUUCGUCGACAAAUGGUUCGCCAUUUAUUUUAACUGGUACAGUACGUUCGGGUCUUCCACAUUUUAGUUUACCGCCAUUUUCGACAAAUGUAAAUAAUCGUACAUUAAAUUUCGUUGAAAUGUGCUCUGAACUUGGUCCGGCAAUAUUUCUUGUUCCAAUUAUUGGCGUAUUGGGCAAUGUUGCCAUUGCAAAAGCAUUCGCGAGUGGAAAUAAUGUUGAUGCGACACAAGAAUUAUUGACACUUGGUAUUUGUAAUGUUCUUGGAUCUUGCGCUAGUUCAAUGCCAGUCACCGGAUCGUUUAGUAGAUCAGCGGUUAAUCACGCAAGUGGAGUUAAGACACCAAUGGGAGGACUUUACACUGGGGUCUUGAUACUUUUAGCAUUGACACUGCUCACUCCGUAUUUCUAUUUCAUUCCCAAAGCGUCGCUUGCUGCCGUUAUUAUUUGCGCUGUAAUUUACAUGAUUGAAUACGAAGUCGUAAAAUUGAUGUGGAGAUCGAGCAAGAAGGAUCUCAUUCCUACAUUUGCUACUUUUCUAUUUUGUUUAAUUAUUGGCGUAGAGUAUGGAAUUUUGAUUGGAGUCGCUAUUAAUAUUAUGUUCCUGCUUUAUCCUUCCGCCAGACCAAAGAUACACGUUGAAAAAUGUAUUACUGAAUCGGGUUCAGAGUACCUUUUAGUAACACCAGGUAAUAGUCUUUAUUUUCCGGCUAUUGACUUUAUAAAACAGUCGGUUGGUCACGCUGGAGUGAAACAAGGAUCUAGUCAAAUACCAGUUGUUGUUGAUUGCCGCUAUGUCUUAGGUGCAGAUUUUACUGCCGCAAAAGGAAUUGCUGCAUUGAUUAGCGAAUUUAAUAGCCGAAAACAGGGGCUUUAUUUUUAUAAUCCUCGCAGCGAUGUCGUUGCUGUAUUGAGAGGAGCAUGCGGAGAAGAGUUUCAACAUGUGUCCACUGACGAUGAAUUAUCGUAUUUAUUAAACACAAGUCGAGAUAAAAAUUCACAAGAGCUUUUGGAAUUGAAUCGCGAUAAAUAUGAACCAUUUGUAGCAAAUAAUCCUGAACUAACACAUCGAAGUUCAUACGUAUCGGGACAUGAAUUGAGAGAAGUGAAGACGACCCUUCUACAUGCAACGGGAAGUUGAAAUUUUGUAAUUUAAAGAUUUUUCUGAUUUUGUGUACAAAUGGUUUUAGAUUCUCUGGAUCAUUUAUUUAUUUUUUUUUCUUGUCAAACUUUAUUAUGAUAAUAUUAUUUUUCAUCGCAAUAGUCGAAUUAACUCCAGACGUGUUAUGCUUUAUUACAAGUCUAUUUAGAUAACAAUAUUGCAUCUAGAAAGUUUGAUACGCAUAUGAAGCAUUCAAAUAGUUAAAUAUUAUAAAUAGUAUUUCAAAUGCGUACAAAAAGAAAAGAUCUUUUUAACGUCUGCAAAGGAGAGAGGAUAGAAAGACGAAUAUUUUUUUUUCUUUCAUAAAAAGACGGACAUUUCUUAUUAUUAGAAUUUAAUUAAUAGAAUCUCAAGUUUAUUAAAAAAAAUUAAUGAUAUUUUAGCAGCUUUACAUGACAAAAAAAAAAUGAGUCUCAUGCACAUAGAUUUGACAUUUAAAAAGUAUUAUUUUUUUGAAUUAUGAAUCUUAAAUAAAAGGAUAAGCAGUUUUUUAUACUUAUUUGUGAAACUUAUUAGUAAAAGGCUGUGAAAAAAAAUAAUAAUUGACCAAUAUUUGGACAUUUUAGUGGAAAAAAAAAUUUCUCAUCUCACUGAAACGAUCAAACUUGAUGAAAUAAUUUGACUUGUGAAUGAUUAAAGAAUUGCUGGUACCAAUGAAAAAGUCAAAUUUGUUUUUUAUAUCUGUUGUCAAGCGCGAGAUUACACCGAUACAUUGUUAAAAAAAAUUGAAAUGAUCGACGUCUUCAUUAUUCAUUUAGAUAGUAAGUUUGUUUUUUAUGUAAAAAGCAAGAUUUUUUUUCUCUUAAAUUUUCCCAUUAGCCAGUGACGCAUAUAGUAGGAUUUAAAAAAUUUUCUCCAGGCAGAAAUAUUUUCUAGCCAUAGAAUUCCUGAGAAAUGAAAACACAAUAUUCAAAUGGAUUGUUUAAAGUUAAACUUUUCUAAUUAAUUCAAUUAAUUAAUUUACAUAUAUUGCAUUCAAUUUUUCUUUGGAUUGAAAAUCCAUUCUUUCCUUUUUUUUUUGUUUAAAGAAUAGGAUUUUUUUUGUUAAACACAAUAAAGUAGAGUAGAAAACUUUCUCAGUAAAUUAAUUUUGUCAAUUAAAUUGAAUUAAAUUCAAUAAAUAGUUAAAUAAAUAAUUGAAAGUACGGAAUUUAUCAACAGUAUUUUUUAGUAAUGCAGCAGUGAAAUGACUUUUUUUAAUUCUUUUUUAAUAUAAUGUAUAGACUUGUUUUGACAUUUUUAAGUAUUGAUAUUAUGUAAUUAAUAUUACGAAUGUUUUUAAUUGCUCAUUAAUAAUUCUGUCUCAAUUUUCUAUUAGGAAUGCAUGUAAACAAAUUUUCUGAGUGUUUUAAAAGUGAUUUAUCCCAGAUUUAGUAUAAAUACAUAAUAUAAUUAUGUGAAAGAAUGUCACACGUAUGAUAUGAGAAAAGUCAAUUUGCAUUCAUUU